ACAGAGUGACAUUUGGCGACAGUACGUCCGCACUAUGGAUCUUUCCGUGGCAGUCCUUUUCGUGAUAUCUCUGGUUUUUUCGUCGGUAACGCAUGGACAAGUGACGAGUCCCGGGGUAUGCCCGAACAUCCCUACCGUCAGACCAUUUAACGUCAGGCACUAUGUCGGGGUAUGGUACGAGUUUGAGCGCUUCUUCCUGGCGGCUCAGGACGGGGUAACGUGUUCUCAGGCCACCUACACCAACAACAAUGACGGGACCAUCAAGGUGGAGAACACCGGGGUCAACGAAAGGACAGGGGAACCAGUAAGCAUAGAAGGCGUGGCUAGACCCGUGGAUCCACGAGAUCCCGCGAGACUUUCCGUCACAUUCUCCCCAUUCCAGCCUGUUGAUCCUAACGGGAACUACUGGGUGGUCAAGACGGACUACAUCCACUACGCCAUUGUCUAUUCAUGUAGACAGCAAGGACAGAACAAAUCCGAAAACGCGUACAUUCUUCUCCGGGAACCAAGAAAUCCCAGCAGACGAGUACUCGGGCGGUUGUACGGCUUCCUCAGGAAAUACGGAAUAAAUCCCAGGAACUUCAUCAGGACCAGCUUCAGACAAUGCUUUUCGCCUGCCUUAUAUUAUUGAGUCUCACUCGUCCACUAGUACAUGCUGUUCUUCAUCCCACUUGUUGAAUGAUUGUCCAUAAUUGCAACUUCUCGGGCUUUUCCGGCAGUUCCGAAUGUACUAACAUUCCUGGAUGUUAGAGUGUCAUAAAAAUGGAAUCGCUUCACA